CGGAACUGUGUGGACCACGGGACGCGCACUGGGUCAACAUUUCUUCUAGGUCAUUAUUUAGGAACUAAGCAGCUAAAUUAGAGACAGAGCCUGUGUAAAUGUGACUUAACUCUCUGGUUAUCGAAAAAUCUGAGGCUCGAGAGUUUCCUGUCUUACGUAAGGUGACGCUCAUUGGACUGAGCUCCGUGCACGGAGAGCUCAGAGUGGGCUGGAAGCUUCAACAAGCCGGAAGAACACAACCAGCGAGGAGGGGAUGGAGAUAGACUGCCAGCCUGAGGAAGCCAUCGUUUCUUCAUUUGAUGAGGACUGUGUUGUGCUCGGUGACGUCAAGGACAUGAGAUUGGAGGCAGAAGCAGUGGUCAAUGACGUACUAUUUGCCGUUGCCGAAAUGCACGUGUCACAAAGUCUCAGCAGCGCGUCGGAUGUGGCCUACAUCAACGUGGAAACAAGAGAGGGGAACCGGUACUGUCUGGAGCUCACAGAGGCAGGACUGAGGGUGGUGGGCUAUGCCUUCGAUCAAGUGGAUGAGGAUUUGAGCACCCAGUAUCAUGAGACUGUUUACUCGCUUCUGGACACACUGAGUCCAGGUUACAGAGAAGCCUUCGGGAACGCUUUGCUCCAGCGGCUGGAGAGGCUGAAGCAAAACGGACAAUAAAAAGGACCAAGAUGCUGCUUAAAGCGGAAGAGAGGUUGAUGAUGUGGGUGUAUUUGAAUAUGAGCCAAUAAUAACCAAGUCUGGUCAAAUAUUAUAGCCUACUAUGUGACGUCCACCUGCCUAGCUACCACUACAAUAAGGGGUACCCUGCCCUAUCAACUCUGCUUUGUUCUGACGUUCAUAUCAUUGAAUGACUUCAUGUUAGUUACUUAACUUUAGUGACUGCUGCGGAUUGGCUAAAUGGGGUCUGUUGCAACAUUGUGGUGUUGACUUUUCUGUAGAAAGCUUCCACAGAAUACAAAUUUGUAAGUGUGCACAGCGUUUGAGACUUCUGCACCUUUUUGUACUGAUCAAAAUGAUUUGAGAAAGAAGCAGCAAGUUAUUGAUCCGGCUUCCCCUUCUGCCCUGCUUGCACUAAAGCUGUGACCUGAUAUCUGCUCAGAUAUACCCAAUAUGUUCUUAUUCAGCAGGUGUCUCAGUGAAAGAGCCAAAGCUAUAGUCUUUCCACUCAUAUAUACACUGCCUUAAUGACGGACUUUUGGUUAGAAAAGUACAAAAAAUAACUCCUGGAAUUUUUUUAUAUUGACAGAGACAAAUGGUAUUUUGUGGGGCUGACACUUCACAUGGAUAAAUGGGUCAGAAACUAUUGAAAACCAUGAAUAGUCUCAAUAGCUGGCACUGUAUACAAUACCAAUUUAAAUUGUGUUUGGAUAUUUUUUUUCCCCUCCAUACUGCAUUGCAACUCAAGCUUGCAUUUUGAGCUUUUGCUGUGAAAGUAAAGACGCUAUCCUUGUGGAGGUUUAUAUACACAAAUAUAUAUAUUGUUGUGGUCUUCAAACCUUUGGUUCGUGUUUAUAUUCAAUGAAGACUUCUAGGGCUGCUUUAUGUGACCUGAUAAUGAUCCUAAUUCAGUAUUAUGAAAUCUAUUUUAAGAAAACGUGUUCCCUUGCAUUCAUACUGUCAUUACUUGCUGCUGGCCUUUGCUCAGACCAAUAAAUUCUCAGAAUUA